AUGAGUUCUAUCAAGAAAGUGGCGAUUAUUGGUAAAGGCAACGUCGGCUCUGCUGCCCUAGCUGAACUUCUCAAGAACGGCCUCGACGUCACCGUCAUUAGUCGCUUCAGCCAUGAAAUGCCUGCUGGAGCUCGGGCUGUCCAGGCAGAUUACAGUUCCAUCGACAGCCUUUCCUCGGCCCUGAAAGGCCACGACGCUGUCGUCAGUACUGUUGGAGCUGCCGGUAUUGUCGGUCAGAAAGACAUUAUUGAUGCCGCCAUUCUUGCUGGCGUCAAACGUUUCAUCCCUAGCGACUACGGAUCGGUGAGCGCGGACCCGCAGGCCAGAGACGAGCCGACAUUCCUACCCUUCAUUAAGAUUCAAGACUAUCUCAAGGAGAAGGCCGCAGCUGGAAUGAUCGAAUACACAAUCUUAUCUACUGGCCCCUUCCUAGACCUUGUCUUUGCUACUCCUCUCUUUGUCAACUUCCACACUCGUUCGGUGGAAUUUUACGGCGAUGGGAAACUUCGACUAAGUUCAACCAGCAUAGCAGGCGUUGGAAAGGCAGUGGCCGGUGUUCUGCUCAAUGCGGACAAGACCAGGAACCGCGUCCUCCACAUUCAGGAGACUGUAGUCAGCCAAGUCAAGGUCCUCGAUUUGGCAAAAACGGUCGCACCCGAAGGAGCUGAGUGGAAGGAAAUAUCUGUCGACCCGGUCGAGACCCUGGAGGCAGCCAGGGCCAAUGCUGCUAAGGAUACAGGCAAUAUUAUUGCCCUAUAUGCACUAAUCAAGGCGAUCAUGCUGAGCGGAAAGUAUGAAACCGAAUACCGCCAGGUAGACAAUGAUUUGAUCGGUCUUGCGCAGCUCACGGAUGAAGAUCUUAAGGCACAGUUCGUGCCCCUCCUGGCAAGGCAACCAUAG